GUUGAUUUUCGCAUGUAUACUCGUGAUGGCCAUGCCAACGAGGAAGACGAGACAGACAACGACUAUGAUGUUGAAGAUCAUAAUUUCGCUGCUAUCCAAGAUGUAGAUGCCGGUAAUUAUCUUGUACCUGUAGUACAGCAAGCGUAUAUUUUCGAGGAGGGUCUUGGGGCUGGAUAUUGCAAUGUCUUGGCUGUUUCUCAUCGGCUUCGACAUGGUCUUUGUCUUGAAAGUGUAUGUUGACGACAUUUUGGUGAAAAAAGUGUAAACUUUUUUAUAUAAUAUAAAUAUACAAGAAAUGCUUAAGUGAAGAGUGUUUAAAAAGAAAUAAAGCAAGAAAGAGCGAAAGACAGUGGCAUUCUGGUUUUUGUCUCCACCCCCAUUAUCAAUGACCAUGUUAUUUUUACUCGUGUGGAGAUGAAAAUUCAAAAGUCAGCAAAAAAAAGAACAAAAAAGAACCAGCCACCUUAUAUUAAU